AUGGAGAUGAAAGUGUACGGAAUCCACAGAAUUCGAGUAAGUUCAUACAUUUCUUUUACGGGAGGAAAAAUAGCAAAGUCAGGGGAGGACUCUUUCAUGCGAAACCGAGACCAUCUUAUGGUAUCUGCCAGAGAGGACAGGCUCCCAGCGUCUUCCAGGAUUCAACUUCCUCUCCCUGAGAUAGAGACUGUGCAAAUUACGAUCCCAAUCACUACAAAAGGAAGGGGAAGGAAGGGAAACGCCACAAUUGGUGGAGUCCUUUGCCUAGGGUGA